CAAGUGCCGAAACAGUCAAAAGCACACGAGAUUGAUAAAAUGGGAAAUCCAAGUGGGCGAAGGACGAAAGUAUCGACAGGGGAUUCAAAGGCGCCGUCACCAACCACUCAAACUUAAGCGACCGAGACAUAAACUUCUGCCUCUCCCCUGUCUCUACCCUCAUCCUCUAUCUGUGGUCACACAGUGAAGGAAAAAAAAAAAACACGCGUUUGCCCAAUACCUGAUAUUCCUCCCAGAUUUUAUACGCCUCCCAUAUCAUUACAACCCUACCCAGAAGAAGAAGAAGAAGAAGUGGCUGCAGGCCAACAAUACCAUGGGCAUAUUGCAUGACGACGUAGUGAUUAUCACGGAACCUGAGAAAGAAGGUGACCCGACCGUUAUCACUGUGAAUUGUCCUGACAAGACUGGCUUGGGCUGUGAUUUGUGUCGCAUCAUACUCUUCUUCGGACUAAACAUUGUCAGGGGAGACGUAUCAACCGAUGGGAGAUGGUGCUACAUAGUAUUCUGGGUGGCUGGUAAGCCGGAAACGAGGUGGAAUUUGUUAUUAAACAGGUUAAUUGCUGCGUGCCCAUCCUGUUCUUCUGCUUCUGGAAUUUCUUACUACCGCUCUGAAUUGCAACCUCCCAAGCCUCCAGACGUCUUCCUAUUAAAGUUCUGCUGCUUUGAUCGUAAAGGGCUUUUACAUGAUGUGACAGAAGUUCUAUGCGAGCUAGAGCUUACCAUAAAGAAAGUGAAGGUAUCUACUACACCCGAUGGAAAAGUGAUGGAUCUGUUUUACAUCACUGACACCAGAGAGCUCUUGCAUACAAAAACGAGGAGGGAAGACACAAUUCAACAGUUGAAAGCUAUUAUGGAGGAUGUUGUAGUGAGUAUUGACAUUGAAUUGGUCGGCCCAGAAGUCACUACUUGCUCUCAAACAUCUUCAUUCCUUCCAACUGAAAUCACAGAAUAUGAUUUUGACAAGGAAUUGUCUGAUUCAGUUCGAAGUGCAACUCUCACAUCCGAGAGUGUUUCUAUCACGAUGGACAACCUGCUGAGCCCUUCUCACACGCUUGUUCAAAUCAUUUGCCAAGAUCACAAAGGCCUUCUUUAUGAUAUCAUGAGAACUCUCAAGGACUACAACAUUCAGAUUUCUUAUGGGAGGUUCUCAAUAAAAUCAAGAGGGAAAUGUGACAUAGACUUGUUCAUAAUGCAAGCAGAUGGCAAAAAGAUAGUGGAUCCUAACAAGCAGAGGUGGUUAUCCUCUCGCCUGAGGAUGGAACUGAUUCGUCCACUCAGAGUAGCAGUAAUAAGUAGGGGUCCUGAUGUGGAGCUGAUGGUGGCAAACCCUGUGGAGUUGUCCGGCAAAGGAAGACCUCUUGUUUUUUAUGACAUUACUCAUGCUCUCAAGAAGCUGGGCAUCUGCAUCUUUUCGGCUGAAAUUGGAAGACACGAGAUUAGGGACCGCGAGUGGGAAGUGUAUAAGGUUUUGCUUGAUGAAGGUGAAGGAUUGAGUGUUGCAAGGAACAAGAUUGAAGAAGGAGUCUGGAAAAUGUUGAUGGGUUGGGAAUGAACCCAUGGUUGCCGACACUGUCCCUUUCGGAGGGACCUCUAUAUGUACAGUGCAAUUUGGUCUGUUACUGUUAUCAUAGCUAUUGUUAGAUGUAAUUGGGCAUGUAUAUGUGGUGAAAAUGAUUUUUAGUAUUCGAUAGUUUUUUCAGAGCUGCUGUAGUUCUAACCUAAUGUACAGAGAUGAGUAGGCAGAAGCAGUUAAAAAGGGCAGAGUACGAGAAGCUUAUUAUGAAUGAGAAGUGAAAUAUUGUAAUGUGGUAUAACAUGUGUAUUCAUCUCUUUCUCCCUCUAGUCUAUAAUAUGAUUUACUUACAUAUUGACACGUUCGUUGAA